AGAGCCAUCCAUUUACUACAAACAAUAAUCUUAAAAAAAAACAAACAACAUUUUAUGCCAUUUACUGUUUUUCUUCACACUCACACACCAAAAACAAACCAUGUAUUCUUCCUUCAAAUUCAAGCACUUCCACUUUUUCAUCAUAUUCAUAUUCAUAUUACAUGUCUUUGCUGCAACACCAAUUUUGUCAUUCAACAACUUUCUAGAAAGUGCCAAGAGUCCUGAGGUUUUUGAUUGGAUGAUCAGUAUCAGAAGGAAGAUUCAUGAGAAUCCAGAAUUGGGUUAUCAAGAAUUUGAGACCAGUGAACUGAUAAGAUCAGAAUUGGAUAAAUUGGGUAUUUCUUAUAAACAUCCAGUGGCAGUCACUGGUGUCAUUGGUUUCAUAGGAAAUGGAAUGUCUCCUUUUGUUGCUUUAAGAGCUGACAUGGAUGCUCUAGCUAUGCAGGAAAUGGUGGAGUGGGAGCACAAGAGUAAAGUACCUGGAAAGAUGCACGCGUGUGGUCAUGAUGCUCAUGUUACCAUGUUACUUGGUGCUGCAAAGAUUCUCAAAGAACAUGAAAAAGAGAUACAAGGAACUGUUGUUCUUGUUUUUCAACCAGCAGAGGAAGGAGGUGGAGGGGCUAAGAAGAUUGUAGAUGCUGGAGCAUUAGAAAAUGUAACUGCUAUCUUUGGAUUGCAUAUUGCUCCUGAAUUACCAAUAGGUGAAGUGGCCUCUAAGUCUGGUCCAAUAUUGGCAGGAAGUGGCCGCUUUGAAGCAAAGAUAAAUGGAAAGGGAGGUCAUGCAGCUAUUCCUCAAAAGUCUAUUGAUCCCAUAUUAGCAGCUUCCAAUGUGAUUAUUAGCUUACAACACCUUGUUUCUCGUGAGGCCGAUCCUCUAGACUCCCAGGUUGUGACAAUUGCAAUGUUCCAAGGAGGUAGUGCAUUCAAUGUUAUUCCAGAUUAUGUCACAAUUGGUGGCACCUUCCGAGCCUUUUCUAAACAAAGCUUCAACCAACUGAGACAGAGGAUCGAGGAGGUUAUAGUUGGACAAGCUGCUGUACAAAGAUGCAAUGCAACUGUGAACUUCUUUGAUGAAUCGAAACCUUCCUAUCCUCCAACGGUAAACAAUGGUGACUUGCAUGAGCAUUUUGUGAAUGUUGCAGUGGAUAUGCUUGGUAUCAAUAAAGUUGAUAGUGUCACACAACCAUCCAUGGGAGCUGAAGACUUUUCAUUCUAUCAAGAGGUCAUACCUGGCUACUUCUUCAUGCUUGGAAUGCAGAAUGCCUCAAAUAACCGGUUCGACUCAUUACACUCACCUUAUCUCACAAUCAAUGAAGAUGGACUUCCUUAUGGGGUUCCACUUCAUGCAUCUUUAGCUUCUAGUUAUCUUCUAAAACUUCAUGGUCCAAAGUAG